AUGCUCUCCCGCCGCGCCCUGCUCUGCCUCACGCCGGCGCUGGCCCUGCAGGCGCCGUCAGCGCGGCGCCUCACCACGAGAAUGAGCGCCGCGCCGCCCUACACGUUGUACGACCUGCCCGUCUCGAACAACGGCGCGCGCGUGCGCAUGCUGCUCUACUACAAAGAUGUCAAAGAUGUGGAGAUCGUCUCGCCGAUGGAGCUCGGCGGCUUGCGGAGCGAGGACUACCUGAAGGUGAACCCCCAGGGCAAGAUGCCCGCUCUGUCGUGCAGAGACGAGAAUGAAUUGGUGCCCGAGUCCGAUACCAUUGCAAGGUUCCUCGGGGGCAAGUUUGAUGCCGGCGGCGCGUUCUCACCACCGGCCGGCUCAAUAGAAGCGUUGAAGGCCGACCGUUUAUGCAGACACCACGAUGUUUAUCUAGCACCAAUACAAGGAUGCCUCUACAAGGCCUCGCCCCAAGGCCAGGCGUACGGCGCGUUUCCCACACGUGAUGCUGCUUUAGAUGAGUUCCAGAAACAGUUGAAAUUGAUCGAGAGAUAUGCUGACGAAACGGGACCGUACCUGUGUGGCGCGGCGCCGUCGCAGGCGGACUGCGCCCUGUUUCCUACGUUGAUAUUUGCCGACACGAUGCUGCCGAAGUUCGACCGCGAGUUUACCGUCGGUCCGAACACGCAAAAGUGGUUCGACAUGCUUAAGUCAACAGAUCCAGUAGGUCAGCGCAUCUAUGACGAGGUCCACUCGGCGCUGGAGGGCUGGGCAGGUAAAGGGAGAUGGGAUACCAUACACGGUGCCGGUCUUAGGGACACAGAGGAGACGAUCUUCGACAAGAUCGUGGCCGGGGAUAUUCCCUCCGAAAAAGUCUACGAAGACGACCUAUGUUUGGCGUUCAAAGAUGUAGCCCCUUGUGCGCCCGUCCACGUGCUCCUCAUCCCUAAACACAGAAACGACCUAUCACAGUUACGGAAGGCGCAGCCGGAGCACGUCGGCUUGCUGGGCCACCUGAUGUCGAAGGUCGGCGCCGUGGCGGAAGCGGCCGGUUUAGAUGAUUAUCGGGUCGUGGUCAACGACGGCGCGGGCGCGGGGCAGACCGUCUUCCACCUGCACGUCCACGUGAUUGGGGGCCGGGAGCUGGCGUGGCCUCCUGGUUAA